AUGUUCUACUCUUUGGUGCGCUUAGGCCCUCGGCUUGCUUUUCUUCUGUCGGUUCUUGCCAUCCAACUAGUAUUUGCCCUGCCGACAGAACUCGGGGACUAUGACCUGUUCCAUGACGCACCUUCGAACUCCCUCGAUAGGCGGGCACCGAACUUUUACGCACGGAUUCUUCCACUAGGAGCGUCUAUCGUUCAGGGUCGAGGCUCUUCUUCUGGCAAUGGGUUCCGCAAGUUUCUCAGAGACCAGCUCAGAAAGGAUGGCUGGAGGGUCAACAUGGUUGGGUCUAAGAGUGAAGGAACUAUGGCUGAUAACAGUGUUGAGGCUGUCCCAGGCUAUACAGUAGACCAGAUUCAUGACAUCUCGCAUCUGUCUACGCCCUCCAAGCCAAACAUCGUUCUCAUUAAUGCAGGAGUGAAUGAUUGCGAGAACGGCAUCGACAUUCCUAACAUUGGAGCUCGCCUGGGCAGUCUCCUCGAUAGCCUCUUCACUGAAAUACCCGGCACAACACUCAUCGUUUCUACCUUGAUUCCUGGCACCGAUCCUGACGUCGAGAGAUUCAGGACAGAGGCCAAUCGUCAGUAUCGCGCUCUCGUUAAUGAUCGUCGAUCGCGGGGCCAGAAAAUUGUCCUGGCUGAGAUGGAUGGUGUUGCCGGAUACUUCGAUACCCGAGUGGGCAGUGGUGACUACUUCGAUGAGACUCACCCCAACGACAAAGGCUACGUGAAGAUGGCUGCCAUCUGGCGAAAGGCCCUCAAUACUGCUGAGUCGGAGGGCAAACUCACUGCCCCAGCUGGUGCUCCCGGUGUCGACGACAGUGGGAGCAAUACGUGCGACAAACAGUACGGAGGUUCAGAAGCAACUCGAAGAACCACACAAUCGGCAAGCGGUUGGGAUGAUGGAAUCUAUGUUCAUUCGAGCUCUGCUCAGGGCACAAGACACACCAUCACCUCUACCGAAGAGACUUCGUUCUGGUUGGCCACCAUUGCUACUCGGAACGGGCUUGACGAUAUAAUACAAUUUGGGGGUACGGUUUCUGGGGGCCGAUCCUAUUCGGUGUACCGGAACAGAGGUGCAGCGACAUGGGACGCCACACCGACCACUUUCACCAUCCCAGAUGCCUGCAUCGCACGCGGCGUACGAUGGGCAGAUAUGAACGGUAUACUCCCAGAAGGCCCCAUAACUUCAAGCACUGAUGAUCUGACUAUGGCUUGCCUAGGCGACGGACUUGAUGAUUUUGUUUGUAUCGCCCCAGGUGGCGAGCUCUCUGUCGCUAUUAAUCGCGGCAAUCUUGUCUUUGAUUAUACUGGUGCGGGCAAGUAUAAGUCUAGCGAGGGAUACCUGCAAGCCCGAAUUCAUCUCGCGGAUGUGGAUGGAGACGGACGAUUUGACUACUGUGCGGCCCGUGACAACGGUGAUGUUCAGUGCUGGCGGAAUGGCGGGAGGUCUGAUACUGCUGAUUUAUGGCAAGAUAUGGGCAUUGUGUUCACGGGGAAGAACAUGGGCGACCUUAAUGGUGUCCGAUUCAGCGACAUUAAUGGUGAUGGUCGUAGUGACUGGCUUUGGCUGAACGAUCAAGGCGCAACAUGGACUUGGACCAACAGCCGGGGCUGUGUCAAAGGAAUCGAGGGUCAAGGUCUGACUCCCACUUGGCGUGCUGGGGAGAAUCGUGCAAAUGGUGCUGGCCCAACUCACAUUGGUCUGGGUUUUGCCGGGGCUCGAAGUGGAAUCCACUUCGCCAAAGCAUUUGGAAACCCUCAAGCAUACAACCUUCUGCCAGGCAGAGACUAUGUCUGGAUCGAACACACUACGAGCGCAAGUUUACGCAGCACGUCAUCUAACAUAGAUGAAAUGACCGGAUUCACAACGACUUCUUCUACAGGAGAUAGUCUCCCGCCUCUCGACAACACGACUAUAGAAUCCCGAAGCAGCAUUGAAGCUUCGUCACGUCAAGUGAAGCCCCGAGCUGCUGCCCACACCUAUAAAAUCAACGUCUGGAGGAAUGAGGGCAUUGGUGGGUCGAAACUGAAGAGUGAUGGAGACCGAUACUGCAACAUGAGAGGCCGCUCCAAUGGUCGCCAGGACUACGUCUGGAUCUUUUCCAACGGCAAGAUGCACAUUCACGAGGCUCUCGACGCUUUCCGAGAUAGUCCCCCAUACUGGGGAAGUGACUAUGUCAUGUUCGAUCUCACCGGCAGCAGAGCGAUGGACAGAAGGGAUCUCCAUCUUGCUGAUUGGGAUGGUGACGGGGCUUGCGACAUCAUCUACACAGAUCCAGAUGGAGGAGCAGUCGAGGUCUGGAUGAAUCGCAUCAAGACCACGGGUAACUUCAAUUGGGAGUAUAUUGGCAAUCCUGCGCCAAAGCUCUCAUGCGAUCAGAAGAGAGGCGUGGGGAUCAAUGACCUCGCCGUUCGAUUUGCCGACCUUAGCGGAAAUGGACGCCCAGACUAUCUCUGUAUGGAGAGAGACGGCCGUACAAAGGGAUAUCUCCACAACAGCGACGGCUCAUUCGAUUGGAUUCCGCAAUUCAAGAAGACCGACAAUUUCGACCGUGCCAAUUAUCGGUGGGCCGACGUCAAUGGUGAUGGCCGUGCCGACUUGAUCUGGACGGAUAAGUUCAAGGGCGAUGCGACCGUUUGGACAAACCAGGGCAUGGUACCGUCCGGGGACAGUUCAUUCACAUGGGUCAACAAAGGACCAUUGUACAAUGCUCCUGCACAGGGACAUUGUCUACACUUCCCUGACCUGGACGGAAAUAAGCGGGCAGAUAUGCUCUUCGCGGAGGCCGUUGAGAAUUCGGCACAAACGUGGUUUAAUACUUGUCCGAACGGUUCUACCGACGAUGCAGACACUUUCACAAGCCCGGCUCUGCCGUCGCCGCCAUAG